UCGAAUGAGUUAGAGCUAGCUGUUCUGCUAAAAAUUUUGUAGCACGCAAAGCGAGAUAAGUCACUAAUAUAUGAUUAGUCACUUUUGGGAUUCCCUGACUCCCGUGCCACUCACUCUAGGCGACACGGGAGGCGAAAAGGCCGUGUGCGCGGGGGCUUCCCGGCCGCGUCCGCUCGCGUCGCCGCUGCCGACGGCGGUUCCUCUCUCCUUCUUCUUCCUUUCUCUUCUCUCCCUCCCUCAUUUUCUCCGGAUCUGGGGUUUCCGGCGGUGACGGCUGCUCCUCCCCACUCGGCACCAGCGGCCUCCUUGUCCCGGGACGACGGCGAGGGCAGCACGGGGACAGCUGGAUAUGGCCGGUGGUCCUCUCCUCCGGCCAGAUCUGGGGUGUCUCUAGUCACCUCCGGCUUCGGUGGCCUGCCUCCCUGCAUCCGGUGUUGUGGCAGCGUUAUGGCAUCGGCCGGUGGUGGUGGUGUGAGGGGGAUGGCCGGACCUGGCUCCUCUAGGUCCAGACCCGACGCGUCCUCAGUCGGGGUCGGGUGAGGUCGGGCCCCCGAUGGUGGCGGCGAGACGACGGAGUUUGGGCGGCCUGUGUGGCUGUUAGGUGGAGCCGGACUGUUGGCGCCGUCAGUCCGGCUCCGCCUCUCGUUGGAGUCAGGCCAUUGUGCAGGUGAUGUGAAUAGCCAGGUGACAUUUGGUGGCUUCCGCUAUGGUUGCUAUGGUUGAAUGGGACUCCGAGGUAAAAGCUUUGCUCUGCUUGCCAGUGCUAGCAACAGCGAUGCCCUCGAACGUCGUUCACCUUCUUAUAGGUGUUGCUAUUGGAGCUUCAACUCUAUUUUAAGGGAAUUCUCCGGGUGAAAACCUUAGAUUCGUUUGGAUCGGACGGUGUCACCGUUCUGUCGAUGUAACCUUCUUGAAUGCUUCGUUUUAGGAGUUUUUUUCCCUUGUUGGACUGCUGUUCUUGGGUUCAUUAUGUCAAUGUGAGGGUUUUCGCUGGUUAUUUAUAAAUUGACCGUGCCGACGUAAGGUUUUUGAUCCGAUUUUCCUUAUAAACCGUGAAUUGUAGGAGCUCCUUACUUGUUCCCUCAAAAAAUAAUAUAUGAUUAGUCAAAUAUUAAUUAUUAUAAACUUGAACUAUAUAUAUAUAUUGAUUUUCUAAGAGAUUUUUUUGGCACAAAACACCCCGUUUAAUUGUUUGAAAAGUGUGCUAAAGGAAAACGAGAAAGAUAUUCUAAGAAACCGACACUUAAUUAGUUAAUGCAAAGUUUCAUUGAAUAUAGUAGAAAAAAUUAUAAGACUAUAACCUGAUAGAUUAAAGUUAGGAAAAGAAAAAAAUAACACCACCAUCACGCACCGAUGCCGCUAUCCCACACAACUGAAGGAAGGUACUAGUUCCUGAAAAAAAUUAGAAGUUUGAAAAAAAGUUGAAAAUUUAUGUGUGUAGGAAAGUUUUGGAUGUGAUACGAUGUGAUGUGAUGAAAAGUUAAAAUUUGGUGGUAGUUGAGGGUGAACUAAACACGGCCGUAGUCUAGUACCGAUCUGAUCGCCGCGAUGCGGAAAGAUGUCAACUCUAGUUGAUAUUUGCAUCAUUGCAUGCUCAUUCGAACUGGUCCUAUAUAACUCACUUCAUGCCAGCGCGCUCAGUCUACAACGACACCUGCUUCUUUGUAUGUUAAAUCAUCUACUUUUCCAACAACUGCUCAUUUGACUUCAAAAUCGGCAUCUAUAGGCCACAACUUGUCCCUCUUGCUAGAUCACAUCAUUCUGUUUGGAGAUGGCGAUAUCUAGAAGGCCAAUAAACAUUAUGCCAGACGUAGAGGCCGGCUCAGUUGUUGAUCCUCCUCAAGCACGAAGCUGCUGCUGCUGUGCCUGUCUGCGAGGCAACACAGGGAAGUUCCUUCUGCGCACGGCAACUGUGGUUAUCCUGUUCCUCGCGGUCCGUUUUGGCUUUGCUCGUCAUAGCGUCGGGGCAAAGUUAGCUGUUGAAUCAGUGGCCUACGUCGCCACUGCUUGCUUAUACUUCUGCUCCUUCUCAAGCUGGAAGGAGAAGACGGUUUCCGGAACAUUCCUUGCUGUAGUUACUGUAGUGGUCGUGAGUGUGGAAGCAACCACUGGAAAUGACCAUGGCGUCGCCAUUUUGAUCGGCACGAUCGUGGCUCUCGUGGUGUACUGCAUCUGGAAGCCUUAUCAAGCACUUCUCUCCUGCAUCGAGCGUCGCCUCCGCCGCAAGGCGGCGGCGGCGGCUACUGCGGCGGAACCACUACCACCGGAGAAGAAAGAAGAUGCGGGGCGUCCCCUUGUGCAGGCGGAGCGGCUGCGCGCCGCGUUUCGCAUCGACGGGCUGCUCCGGGAGUACUCGCACGGCGAGAUCCAGGCCAUGACCGACAACUUCGGCUGCGUGGUGGGCCGAGGCGGCUCCGCCACCGUCUUCAGGGGCGUCCUCGACGACGGCACGGCGGUCGCCGUCAAGCGGAUCGUCUGUGAUGAGUCCGUCGGCGAGGCCGACUUCCUGAGCGAGAUCACCAUCGUCGCCAGCGUGCACCACUACGCGCUGGUAGGCUUGCUCGGAUACUGCCUCCAGCCCGGCGGCGGCCGGUACCUGCUGUACCCAUUCUACGAGAACCGGUCGCUCGACUACUGGCUCUUCUCCGGCGAGGAGCGGAGGCGCCACGUCGCCGUCGACGUCGCGAAGGGGCUCGCGUACCUGCACCACGAGUGCAAGAACCAGAUCCUUCACCUGGACAUCAAGCCGGCGAACAUACUCCUCGACGGCGACUUCCGGGCGCACGUCUCCGACUUCGGCAUCUCCAUGUCCAUCGGGAGGGACCUGACCAGCGUCGACACGCGCUGGAGGGGCACCCUCGGUUACAUGGCGCCGGAGAUGCUGGUCAACGCGCUGUCCGCCAAGUCCGACGUGUACAGCUACGGCAUGAUGCUGUUCGAGCUCGUCGGCGGACGCCGGAACUUCGAGCUCGCGGGCAGCGGGGGCGCCUCGCAGGCGCGGGCGCCGCCGGAUUUCACCAAGGAAUUCCUCCCGUGCGUCAUGCGGGACAGGAUGGAGGAAGGCCGGCUCAUGGAGGUGGUGGACGCCACCAUGGCGCGCGGCGACGGCGGCGGCGCGGCUGGCGUCGACGAGGAGGAGGUGGAGGUCGUCGUGAAGGUGGCGUUGUGGUGCACGCAGCAUAGCCGGGACAUGAGGCCCGGCAUGACGGACGUCGUGGACAUGCUCGAAGGGCGCGCCCCCAUCCCGCCGCCGCCUGUUCGUCCUGAAUUUCUCGGAGACACCUUCCUCGUCAGCUGCGCGCGGACAGCUAUGAGCCGGUGAUAUAUGCAUGAGUGGUUUGUGGUAUGCGACUAUAUUGCUAUUUGUAGCACGAAUGAUCGCUGAGUACUUUUACACACUUAUGUUAUCAAUAUUUUCACGAUAGGACUGUCUAAUGAUCAUUCGAAUGUUUUUUUUUUACCCCAUAUCAGUCAAAAUAUGAACGGUUUGAUGGCU